UGUUGUUUCAGCGACGAACCGAUCCAGCACGAGCGAGACCACACUUAUACAGGUCAGAGGUUUUUAUGUAAAUCUCUACAAAUGGCGGCCAUGGGGACAACAUGUCGUUCCCGGGGUUCUCCGCUGAUACUCGUCCUCAGGGUUCUCUGUGUACUGGCUGUGGUCACCUGUUAUCUACUCCAAUCUGCAAUACAGCAUAACAUCGACAGCCUCUGGCGCUACCUACGUCACCACGUCUUGUACGAGACUGUGUACUUUGAGACGUGGUUCGUCGUAUUCUGUUACUCUAUCAUCGCCCUGGUGCCAGAGGCCAUGGCGAAAGUUCCCUUCUUCUCAAAGUACCGACUGGAGCGGAGUUUGACUGCACCUCGCCCCUCCAUCCCCCAUCUCAUGACAGAGGGAACCCUGUACAUGCUACCAUUAGCUGCCCUGGAUACAGUCAUCGUGAAAAGAAGGUUCCCAGAAGUAUCAGAAAACGUCAUAGAACUUAAACGUCUUGACUGGAUCCAGAGAGCGAGAGCGCUACCCGAGCGCGCCCCCACGUUGGGACAGAUGGUACUGCAGGUAGCGGCUGCACUCAUCAUCUAUGACGCAAUGUUCUUCGUCAUUCAUUACAGUGUACACCGGAACGCCUUCCUGUACAGAACGAUCCACGCCCAUCACCACGACCACCCGGCGGGUCUGCACGGCCGCGUCACCAACCGUCUGACGGUGGCAGAACGUCUAGCGCUGGUCCUGUCAGCUAACUUCUCCCUGAGACUGGUGUCCGCGCACCCGCUCAGCAGGACGGGCUUCAUCGUUGUGUUCAUAGGGCUGCUGGUGGAAAACCACGCCGGGUUUGACUUACCGUGGAGCUAUGACAAGAUCAUUCCAUUUGGUGUGAUGGGAGGGGCAGCACGGCACCACGCCCACCACGUGUACGGAGCCCGUCAGUACCAACCCUUCUUCACCUACAUCGACAACUACAUGGAACAAUCCAAACAACACUUCAGUGGGAAGGAUGACAACUUGUGACGAACAAAUUAUCGCAUAAAAACUUUAGGAGGUGUUUGAAGAAGAGAACUUUAGAAGUACAUGUAAAUACAACUACAUUUUGUCGUAAUGUCUGUUUUCCAGCUUUCAAAAUAACAUUUUUUGCGAGUCGCUAAACCAGGUUCAGAACUUGCUGCCAUCUUUAUUUCACUAUGACGUCACGGUCGAGCGGAAAUCAACUUGGUUAAUACCUGGCUGCAUUAAUCAAGAACUGGAAUUAAAAUUUGUAAGAUCCGAUGUCUAGUAACAACAGACGGGUGUAUAUUAUGUGAUGUCCUUGCGGAAAUCAUACGAUCCUUACGGAAAUCAUACGAUCCUUGCUAAUUCAAUAUGG